AAACCGGCCAAGUUUCGGUCUCUCUUUCGCAGUCGCACUCGAGCUUUCCUUCGAGCGUUGUUCGUACUUUAACGUUUUACAGUCCACGUUGUUCGACGUUCGACAUAUCGUGUUGGCUUUCUUCACCGGAAUAAAAAUAAAGUAUAGUUGACAAAAUGCCGAUAGACUUCUAUUAUCUACCAGGAAGUGCACCAUGCAGGGGCGUACUCUUAGCAGCUAAAGCACUAGGAGUCGAGUUGAAUUUAAAAUUAACAGAUCUUAUGAAAGGGGAGCAUUUGACGCCGGAAUUCAUUAAGAUUAACCCGCAACACACUGUUCCCACUCUCGUUGACAACGGUUUUGCCCUAUGGGAAAGCAGGGCCAUUAUGACCUACUUGGCCGAUCAAUAUGCCAAAAACGACUCCCUCUACCCCAAGGACCCCAAAAAACGCGCUGUGGUGGACCAGAGGCUGUACUUCGACCUGGGUACUUUGUACGCAAGAUUCGCCGACUACUACUACCCCGUAAUAUUCGGAGGGGGAGAGUACGAUCCUGCAAAGCUCGAUAAAAUUAAGGAGGCCUUGGGUUUUCUGGACUCGUUUUUGCAAAACGACGAAUUUGUGGCCGGGAGUCAACUCACACUCGCCGACUUGUCACUCCUGGCUACAGUGACCUCAUUCGAAGCCGUCAAUUUUGACCUGUCCGCCUACAAGAACGUGGUGGAUUGGCUGGCUAGAGUUAAGGCGGCGGCGCCCGGGUAUGAGGAGGCGAACGGAAAGGGGGUUGUUCUGUUCAAGCAGAUGGUCGAAAACUUAACGAAGAAAUAAUGGUUGCGGAGGAAAAAGUUUUUUUGAAAUAAAGUAUAGCACAUUUA